GGAAAAAUGUUUCAAAUAUUGAGGAUUACAGUAUGAAGUUCAAAAAGAAUCCUCAGGAAUUACAAACGAUCAUACGAGGGAUCAUUUGCCAAGUGAUAGGAUUGCGUAUGGUUGCGCAUGCGUACAUACAUCACCACAUAUUGGUGGCGGGAAUCGAGCAAAUAAUAAAUCUGUGGAAGCGGAUAAUAGUACUGAUAGUCCCAGUGCAUGGACACAAAUCUGUUUAUACAGCGGUGGAGUCAAUUAUCCUGGCUCGGUUUGUGGUACCGGUGGAGGCCUAUUGGGAGCAUCUGGGGCGGCUGCCGCUGCAGUGAUGAGUACAGUAGCAGGAGCUGUUGGACCAACGGGAGCGAGCAGUGUGGCAGGCACAGCUGGUGCCGCCAAAACACAGCCCGCUCCCAAGAGGCCAGUGCGUCGUGGGGGCAAACCACCGCCCGAUCGACCGCAAAGAGCGUUAUUUUGUUUACCUCUUAAAAAUCCAUUACGCAAAAUGUGUAUCGAUGUUGUAGAAUGGAAACCUUUUGAAUUUUUAAUCUUAUUCACAAUUUUCGCCAACUGCGUUGCCUUAGCUGUUUAUACACCAUUCCCUGCGGGGGAUUCAAACUCAACAAACGCAUAUUUGGAAAAAAUUGAAUACAUUUUUUUAGUAAUUUUCACAGUUGAAUGUGUUAUGAAAAUUAUUGCAUAUGGUUUCAUGAUGCAUCCAGGGGCGUAUCUCAGAAAUGGUUGGAACUUGCUAGAUUUUACAAUUGUAGUUAUUGGUAUGAUUAGUACAACUUUAUCAAGUAUAAUGAAAGAUGGUUUUGAUGUGAAAGCUUUGAGAGCUUUUCGAGUAUUGAGACCAUUGAGAUUGGUAUCAGGAGUUCCCAGCCUUCAGGUCGUUUUAAAUUCAAUUCUUCGUGCCAUGGUGCCUUUACUACAUAUUGCCCUUUUGGUUUUAUUCGUCAUCAUUAUUUAUGCUAUAAUUGGUUUGGAAUUAUUCUCAGGAAAAAUGCACAAAACAUGUUUUAACAAUGACACAGAUACACCAAUGGAAAAUCCACAUCCAUGCGGUGAAAAUGGUUUUAAUUGUUCGAAUAUAAGUAUGGUGUGUAAAUUUUAUUGGAUUGGUCCAAAUGACGGUAUCACUAAUUUUGAUAAUUUUGGACUUGCCAUGUUAACGGUUUUCCAAUGUGUUACCCUAGAAGGAUGGACUGAUGUACUUUAUCAUAUUGAAGAUGCAAUGGGUAACACUUGGCAAUGGUUAUAUUUUAUAUCAAUGGUCAUCCUUGGAGCAUUUUUCGUAAUGAAUCUAAUUCUUGGUGUGUUAAGCGGAGAGUUUUCUAAAGAGAGAGAAAAAGCUAAAGCUCGUGGUGAUUUUCAUAAAUUACGGGAGAAGCAACAAAUUGAGGAAGAUUUACGUGGAUAUCUUGAUUGGAUCACUCAAGCUGAAGAUAUUGAACCAGAAGGCGAAGAACAAAUCAAUCAAGAUGGCAAAUUAUUAAAUGAAAUGGAAUCUUCCAAUCAAUUAGAAGAAGGGGAUAUACCACAGGAAUCUUGGUAUAAAAAGAAGAAAAAGGAAAUUGAUCGUGUAAAUCGUCGUUUGCGGCGUGCCUGUCGAAAAGCAGUAAAAUCACAAGCAUUUUAUUGGCUCAUUAUUAUUUUAGUGUUCUUAAAUACGGGUGUACUAGCUACCGAACAUUAUAAACAACCAGAAUGGUUAGAUCAAUUUCAAGAAGUGACAAAUGUAUUUUUCGUAGCUUUAUUUACAAUGGAAAUGAUGUUAAAAAUGUAUAGUUUAGGAUUUCAGGGAUAUUUUGUAUCGUUAUUUAAUCGUUUCGACUGUUUCGUUGUUAUUGGCAGUAUUGGUGAAAUGAUAUUAACUAAUACUCAUAUAAUGCCGCCAUUAGGUGUUUCCGUGUUACGUUGUGUUCGAUUACUUCGUGUUUUCAAAGUCACCAAAUAUUGGCGUUCAUUGUCCAACCUAGUAGCAUCAUUGUUGAAUUCCAUACAAUCGAUUGCAUCUUUAUUGUUACUGCUGUUUUUGUUUAUUGUUAUAUUCGCACUGCUUGGAAUGCAAGUAUUUGGCGGUAGAUUCAAUUUUAAUCACAAAGUAAACAAACCAAGAUCAAAUUUUGAUAGUUUUUGGCAAAGUUUGUUAACUGUCUUUCAAAUAUUAACGGGUGAAGAUUGGAAUGCCGUAAUGUAUGACGGAAUUCGAGCAUAUGGCGGUGUUUCUUCUUUUGGAAUUUUGGCGUGUAUUUAUUUUAUUAUAUUGUUCAUUUGUGGUAACUAUAUCUUGUUAAACGUUUUCUUGGCCAUCGCUGUCGAUAAUUUAGCUGAUGCCGAAUCUUUAACUGCAAUUGAAAAGGAAGCCGAAGAAGAAGCAGAGAAACAAGGCAAGUCGCACAGUCCAACACCAGCCGAAAAUGAAAUUGACGAUAAGGGAAUGGACUCAGAGCACAGUUUAGAAGAUGAAGUUGAUGACGGUCAAAAUUAUGAUACCGAAAAUUCGGAACGGGAUGACGAAACGGAAUCACAAGCUCAAACCAAUUAUGAAAAUGAUGAAGGCUAUGAUGAACCAUUAGGUGAUCAAGAUGAUGAAUACAUGGAGGAAGAAAUAGAAGGUGCUCGACCUCGCCGAAUGUCCGAAUUCAACACAGGAUCAACAACACAACCUAUCCCAGCUGGGUCCUCGUUCUUUAUAUUUUCCCAGACCAAUAGGUUUCGAGUUUUUUGUCAUUGGCUUUGCAAUCACGGGUAUUUUGGUAACUUAAUUUUAGUUUGUAUCAUGAUAUCAUCCGCUAUGUUAGCAGCUGAAGACCCAAUCAAUUCAAAUUCACGUCGAAAUUUAAUCCUCGAAAAGUUCGACUACUUUUUCACCAGCGUAUUUACAGCGGAAUUAUUAUUAAAAAUGAUUUCAUACGGAUUAAUUUUACACGAUGGUGCAUUUUGUCGUUCCGCAUUCAAUGUAUUAGAUUUGGUCGUCGUUUUUGUAUCAUUAAUAUCAAUUUUUAUAAAAACAGCCGCAAUAUCAUUCGUAAAAAUUCUUCGUGUUCUACGUGUUUUGAGGCCUUUAAGAGCAAUAAACCGAGCAAAAGGCCUUAAGCAUGUAGUACAAUGCGUAAUAGUUGCGGUUAAAACAAUCGGAAACAUUGUUUUGGUGACAUGUCUACUACAAUUCAUGUUUGCAGUAAUCGGAGUUCAAUUGUUUAAGGGGAAAUUUUUUACAUGUAACGAUGGAUCGAAAAUGACGGAAGAGGAAUGCCACGGUACAUAUUUGGAAUUUGAGAAAGGUGACGUUGACAAACCAAAAAUAGAGGAACGUGAAUGGACCCAAAAUCGUUUCCACUUCGAUGACGUGGCGAAGGCAAUGUUAACCUUAUUCACAGUAUCAACGUUUGAAGGUUGGCCAAAUCUACUGUACGUGUCGAUUGAUUCGAACGAAGAAGAUUAUGGACCAAUACAUAAUUUUCGACCAAUUGUCGCCGCAUAUUACAUCAUCUAUAUAAUUAUAAUUGCCUUCUUCAUGGUGAAUAUAUUCGUCGGUUUCGUUAUCGUUACAUUCCAGAAUGAAGGUGAACAAGAGUAUCGUAACUGUGAAUUGGAUAAGAAUCAACGUAAUUGUAUAGAAUUUGCGCUAAAAGCGAAACCAGUACGUCGUUACAUACCGAAACAUCGAAUCCAGUAUAAAGUUUGGUGGUUUGUCACCUCCCAACCGUUUGAGUAUACAAUUUUUAUACUUAUUAUGAUCAAUACAAUUACAUUGGCCAUGAAAUUUUAUCGACAGCCAGAUUUUUAUACGGAAGCAUUAGAUGUUCUCAAUAUGAUAUUUACUGCUGUAUUCGCAUUGGAAUUCGUAUUUAAAUUGGCUGCAUUUAGAUUUAAGAAUUAUUUCGGCGAUGCAUGGAACGUAUUCGAUUUUAUCAUUGUUUUGGGAAGUUUUAUUGAUAUUGUUUACUCGGAGGUGAACGUAAGUACUGGGGAAACUCCUGGAUCAAAUUUCAUUUCUAUAAACUUUUUUCGAUUGUUUCGUGUGAUGAGAUUGGUUAAAUUGCUGAGUCGAGGGGAAGGUAUUCGCACACUUCUAUGGACGUUUAUCAAAUCAUUUCAAGCGCUGCCAUAUGUAGCUUUAUUAAUAGUAAUGCUAUUUUUUAUCUACGCCGUAAUUGGAAUGCAGGUAUUCGGAAGAAUAACUCUGGAUCCAGAAACUGCCAUUCAUAGAAAUAAUAAUUUUCAAACGUUUCCACAAGCUGUUCUCAUUUUGUUCCGAUCUGCCACAGGAGAAGCAUGGCAAGACAUCAUGUUAGAUUGUUCAGCUCGUGACGAAGUAAAAUGUGAUCCUAGAUCAGAUGAUAAAUCUUCCACCUGUGGAUCGGAUAUUGCCUUUCCAUAUUUCAUUUCAUUUUAUGUUUUAUGCUCAUUUUUGAUUAUCAAUUUAUUCGUAGCGGUUAUUAUGGAUAACUUCGAUUAUUUAACAAGAGAUUGGUCUAUUUUGGGGCCACAUCAUUUAGAUGAAUUCAUUCGAUUGUGGAGUGAAUAUGAUCCAGACGCCAAAGGACGUAUCAAACAUCUAGAUGUUGUAACACUCUUACGUAAAAUAUCACCACCUCUAGGGUUCGGUAAACUAUGUCCUCAUCGCGUCGCUUGUAAACGUUUAGUUUCGAUGAACAUGCCUUUAAAUAGUGACGGUACUGUAUUGUUUAAUGCAACGCUUUUCGCAGUCGUAAGAACAUCGUUACGUAUCAAAACUGAGGGUAACAUCGACGAUGCAAAUGCUGAGUUACGUGCAGUUAUCAAAAAAAUAUGGAAACGUACAAGUCCAAAACUUUUGGAUCAAGUUGUUCCACCACCGGGAGUGGAUGAUGAAGUGACUGUUGGUAAAUUUUAUGCAACAUUUUUAAUUCAAGACUACUUCAGACGAUUUAAGAAACGCAAGGAGCAAGAAAUGAAGGAUGGGGCACAAGAACAUAACACAGUGACGUUACAAGCUGGCUUACGUACUCUACAUGAAGCGGGUCCCGAAUUAAAACGUGCUAUUUCGGGUAAUUUAGAAGAAUUGAUUGAUGAUAAUCCAGAACCAUCGCAUAGGCGAAAUCAUUCACUAUUCGGUAGUGUAUGGUCUUCAAUGAGACGUGGGCAUGCUAAUUUUAAUCGUGGCCGAUCGUUACAAGUAAAUGCAGCUAGGAAUCAAAUGAAACCAUCUCCAGCAAACAGUGUGGAAUAUAUGCCUUACAAUUCACUUCAAAGAGCUGUUACUGAAGGAAUGAAUCAUAUAACUUCAAUGACAAAAAAUGUUAUUGGACAAACUAGAAAUAGUUCGAUGUCAUUGCAGGAUGGUAUGAAAGUUCGAAGUGAAGAGGCGAUUCCCUUGCAUUCUUUAAAUGUUUACAACAAAGACGUCGAUAGAAAUUAUCAGGUUCUCGAGCUACAAGGAGAUUGCUACUCAGAGUUGAUGCCACCCACACCGCCUCCAAGACGAGUUGUGCUUCGAGGUGGUGAUAGUCCAUCCCCCACAAAUACUGCUGCUGUGCCCGUCACCAAUGCGAAUACAGUUGCAGUUGGACAGACGGGCACAGGAACAAAUGGUAAUGGGGCAAACAGCUUCACUAGAAUUGCAAGUGGGUUGAAAAUAGCACAAGCGCAAGCAAUGGCUGUUGCUGGCCUUUUUCCUGAGACUGUGGACGCUCUUGUAUUACAACCACAUGCUAACAAAAUAUUGGGCAGGCAUGGUAUAUGCUCAUUUUUAAGCCAUAGAGCCUCUUUUCAUGGAAAAGGUGCAACGGGUAAUGAACCGAAUGGUAAUCUAGGUAUUGAAAGGUUAACGCAUUCAUUGCCGGGCAGUCCAGCUGAUCGGAAACCAAUUCCAUUUGAAGUGGUUGGUUCUGCAGAAAGUUUAGUUGGACGAGUGCUGGCAGAACAAGGUUUGGGUAAAUAUUGUGAUCCAGAUUUUGUGAAAUAUACCUCCCGUGAAAUGCAGGAAGCCUUGGACAUGACUCAAGAAGAAAUGGAUCAAGCUGCUCAUCAGUUAUUGUUGCGUGAACGGCAACGGCGUGCAUUGCAACAAGGUGUCCCAGCCUUAGCAGCACCACCCGAUUUAAUCAACACAAAAGAUUCGUCACGUUUAUAGCAUAACCCAAAGUCUUUAAUUCAAGUUGCAUAAAGAUAAGACUUAGUGUCUCACGAGUGUUUAAAAAUAUUUUUUAAAAAUUUUGUGAAAGAAAAUUUUUGAGCGUCCAUAAUCAUUAUUUUUUAAGUGAUAUAAACAUUAAUGAGAACUUUAGGUAUAUGAAAUCAAAUUUCAUCGUCUCCAUUCCUAGAUCAAUUCUUCUAUUAUAAAUACACAUUUCAACUGCAAUGUAGUCAUGCGAAUUAUCGAUACGAAUUAUCUACACUUCGAUAUACUUCUUAGCAAAUUCGAUAACAUUUUAAAAAACAUCCACUUUUGUUGAUUAUUAGGUUAGGUUAGGUUAGAGUAGCUGUCCUAGGGUGGAACACGCUAAGACCAUGGGGUCCGUUGUGAUAUCGAGAAAGGGUUGGCCCAUCCCCGGCCACUACUCCAUGAACUAUUUUGAGCUGUUUAAAAACAGCAGGAGUGCUUUGACGUCAAUUGACUUUAGCGCAAAAAGAGGCUGGUUCUAAUAACUCUAUCUCCUCAUGGAAAGAGUUGGAUAGUGACAGAGAAGAUGAGACAUCAUCUCCUAACCCUCCACAUUGUGUGAGCUCCUGCAAUAGUCGUUCAGCAUGCCUGCUGCCUAGCCAGUGGAAUGUAAUUGCCGUAACAAUUUUGCUAAUAGAGGCACUUGGAAGGGAUAUUAAAUCUUCGGAACACCUAAGAUUGUACUCAGAUUAAAAUCGAUCCGCUUUUUAGGCGACAUUUCCGAAAUUACUUGCUCAAUCAUUAAACAAGCGAAAGUUUUGAAUUUUUUUGGAACAAAAUUACUUGAUUUUAUCGAAGUAGGAAAUAAAAUGACUACAUUUUAGUUUAAA